AUAACUCAUGCCACAACAUAGCAGUGUUGCAAAGUUGGUGGUGUCGUCGCUAGGAGUUAGAUUUGGGGGCAAAAUCUCAUCACCCUCUAGAGAAGAUAUCAAUAAGGGUAUUCUGGCAGCUUAGCAGCCAUGAGUAUUGUUGGCCACAUGCUUGGCUUAGGAGAUCGGCAUUUAGAUAAUAUUCUUAUUGAUUUUUGUACUGGUGACAUAGUGCAUAUCGAUUACAAUGUGUGUUUUGAUAAAGGGAAAAGACUAAAGAUCCCCGAAAUUGUGCCAUUCCGCUUGACUCAGACAAUUGAAGCAGCUUUAGGCAUCACUGGGGUUGAGGGUACUUUUAGAGCAAACUGUGAAGCAGUUCUUGGCGUUCUGAAGAAAAACAAGGACAUAAUUUUGAUGCUCUUGGAAGUCUUUGUUUGGGAUCCCCUUGUAGAUUGGACACGUGGAGAUGUUCAUGAUGAUGCAGCAAUUUUUGGUGAGGAAAGAAAGGGGAUGGAGCUUGCAGUAAGCUUGAGUUUAUUUGCUUCCCGCAUGCAAGAAAUUCGUGUUCCCUUGCAGGAGCAUCAUGAUCUUUUAGUAUCAACUUUACCCGCUGUCGAAUCUGCUCUUGAGAGACUUUCAACCAUCCUAAACCAGUAUGAGAUCGUCUCUGCUCUUUUCUACCACGCUGACCAAGAGAGAUCUAACCUUGCUAUACAAGAGACGUCUGUAAAGUCGAUUGUUGCCGAAGCAUCUUCCAAAUCAGAAAAAAUCCAAGCAUCACUUCAAAUGCAGGCUAGACAAUUCGCACAAGCACAAGCCAUGGUAGUGGAGAAAGCUCAAGAAGCUACAACCUGGAUUGAGCAACAUGGCAGAGUUCUUGAUGCUAUCAGAAGCAAUUUAAUCCCAGAAAUUAAUGCACAUAUAAAUCUGAAUGAUGCAGAGCACGCCUUUUCUUUGACAUCCGCCGUGCUAGCAGCUGGAGUCCCAUUAACAGUUGUUCCUGAGCCCACCCUUGCUCAGUGCCAAGAUAUAGACAGGGAAGUUUCUCAGCUAGUUGUAGAGCUGGAUCAUGGAUUUUCUUCAGCAGCAAGUGCUCUUCAAACAUACUGCCUGGCCCUGCAAAGAAUUUUGCCACUUAAUUACCAUACAACUAGUCCAGUGCAUGAUUGGUCACAGAUUUUGCAGCUUGCUGCAAAUGCUCUUUCUUCUGACAUUUUGUCACUCAGUAGAACGCAAGCAAGCGAACUUAUUGGAAAGUCACCUAUGGACAAAUUUGAGGCAGUUAAAAUCAGAUACAAUGAGCUUUGUUUUAAAGUAGGACAAUAUGCUGCAGAAAUAGGGAGACUAGAAGAAGAGUGUGCAGAGUUGGCGAGCUCCAUUGGACAAGAAACUGAAUCAAAGGCUAAGGAGUGUCUUUUGUCUGCCUUCUUGAAGUGCAUGCAGCCCAUUAGUCUUGAGAGGAAGGAAGAUUCCAGUGAAGUGGGAUCAUUAAGUCUUAAAGAAGUACAAAAUGCUGGAUAUCUAGAAAAGUUUGAAGUGAACAAGGCAAAACUUCCAACUAUUUUAACUGUUGCAGUCUGUUCUUUAUAUAGUGACAUCAAGCAUAAGUUAGUUAGUGGCUUAACUAGUUUCACAGGAGCAGAGAUUUUGCCACAGUCCAAUUUGGGAGCCCUUUUCUGUGAAUUUGAAGAACAGACAGAGAAAUGCAUGCUUAUAGCUAGUUUUUUAAACGAAAUGCAUCGGUAUAUCGGCCCAGGUUUAGACUCUGCUGCCUUUCCAUUUGAGGUUAACUGGGCAUCAGUGUUCAAGACCAGUCUGCUUUCAUGCAAAAAAUUAGUCCAGGAAAUGAUUGAGUGUGUUUUGCCCGAAGUCAUGAAAAUUGUGAUUAUGUUCAAUUCAGAAGUUAUGGAUGCUUUUGGCUCUAUCUCUCAAAUCCGCAGAUCAAUUGAUAUAGCACUUGAGCAGCUUAUUGAAGUGGAAGUAGAGAAGGCUUCUUUGAUUGAGCUUGAAAAAAAUUACUUUGUAAAGGUUGGUGUCAUCACAGAACAACAGCUAGCUCUUGAAGAAGCUGCCAUCAAGAGUAGAGAUCAUUUAUCUUGGGAAGAAGCCGAUGAACUAGCGUCACAAGAGGAAGUUUGUAGAGCCCAACUAGACAAACUUCACCGGACAUGGAACCAGAAGGACAUGCAAACGUCAUCUCUUGUGAAGAAAGAAACUAAUAUCAGGAGUGCUUUGGUGUCCUCUGAGGAUAAUUUGCAAUCUCUAAUUAUUACGGAAGAGGAUAGAAAAACACAUGCCCUUAGAAGCAGAGCGCUUCUGACUCUAUUAUUGCAACCCUUUUCUGAGUUAGAGUCAGUGGAUAAAGCAUUAUCUUCGCUUGGUCUACCUAUUGCAUCUAGUACCACUGGGAUUUCUCAUCUUGCAAGCUCAAUGAAUUCAGGAAACCUGAUGUCUGGGUAUAUAUGGAAUUUUCUGGGCAUAGUAUCUAGCAGUAAUGCUUUUUUUAUAUGGAAGACUUCCAUGGUUGAUUCUUUUCUUGACUCCUGUGCGCAUUAUGCUGGAUUACCUGUUGCUCAAAAUUUGGGAUUUGACCAGCUAGUGGACGCGGUAAAGAAGAUAAUUGAACCACAGCUUCAGAAAGGUGUUGGGCAGUACCUUAAAGAGAGAGUCGCUCCUCUUCUUUUGGAAAUGUUAGAGAAAGAAACUGAAUCACUUACGAAAAUGGCAGAGUCAAGCAAAGACUUUACAUUUGAUCAGAUUAAGAAUAGUUUAGAGACUAUACAAGAAGUGCAAAUUAUGCUUGAGGAGUACUGCAAUGCACACGAAACUGUCAGAGCAGCACGGUCAGCCGUUUCUCUCAUGAAGAGGCAGGUGAAUGAGUUAAAGGAUAACCUUCUGAAGACUAGUUUGGAAAUUGUUCAGAUGGAAUGGAUGUAUGAUAUGACUGUGAGCCCGUUGCAAAGCCACAAAAUGAUGUCUCAUAAAUUUCUUGCUAGUGGUGACAAAAUAAUUCCAAUUCUUCUUAAUAUCAGCAGACCAAAAUUGAUCGAAAGUUUGCAAUCAUCCAUUGCAAAGAUAGCUAAAUCACUAGAAGGAAUACAUGUGUGUGAGAGAACAUUUGUCACUGCAGAAGGGCAACUAGAGAGAGCAAUGGGCUGGGCUUGCGGAGGUGGGUGUACCAGUGCAUCUAGUAAUGCAUCAGUAAAGAAUCCAGGAAUACCCCUUGAAUUUCAUGAACAUCUUAUUAGGCGCAGGCAGUUGUUGUCUGAAACUCGAGAAAAGGCGUCAGAUGUGAUGAAACUAUGCAUCUCUAUUUUGGAAUUUGAAGUGUCAAGGGAUGGAUUUUUUCGGGGUUCAGAAGAACUUUGUACAUCAAGGAUUAAUUCAGAUGGAAGGAUCUGGGAGCAAGCUUACCUAAAUUCUAUAACAAAUUUGGAAGAUUCAUUUCACUCUUUUACAAGAACUGAACAAGAAUUGAAACACGCACAGAGUAGUGUGGAGAUUGCUUCCAGUAGUUUACUCACUGCAGCUAAUGAACUCUGCAUUGCUUCUGUCAAAGCAACUUCGGCAUCAGGAGGUCUGCAAAAUACUAUUCUUGCAAUGAGGGAUUGUGUUUAUGAAGCAAGUGUUGCCCUAUCGGCCUUCGGAAGUGUUUCAAGAGGGCAUACUGCUAUGACAUCUGAAUGUGGCACCAUGCUCGAAGAGGUCCUAGCUGUAACAGAAGGGGUGCAUGAUGUUCACAGUAUAGCAAAGGAGGCUGUGGCUUUGCAUUCCUCCAUGAUGGAAGAUCUGUCAAAGGUCUGUACUAUUUUACUUCCACUUGAAACUCUGCUAUCGAAGGAUGCUACUGCCCUGUCUGAAGCAAUGGCAAAGGAGAAAGAGACAAAUGCAGAGAUAUCACCAGUCCAUGGACAAGCAAUAUUCCAGUCUUACCACUCAAAAAUCCAGGAAACUUAUCAAUCAUUUAAGCCUUUGGUUCCUUUUGUUACAUCAUCUGUCAAAGGACUUCUAUCCAUGCUCACCAAGCUAGCACAAUCUGCAAGUCUACAUGCAGGAAACCUUCACAAAGCUCUUGAAGGAUUAGGAGAAAUCCAGGAAAUCAGUUCAGAUGAUCUUAAUCCAUUACAUCCUGAUAUAUUUAAUCUUGAUAACAAUUACAACAUGAAAAAUGAGAUUUCUGGAAGUGACGGAGAGACAGGUGAAAUUUUUAUUGAUGUGAGCCGACUUUCGUUGAACGAAAAAGGUUGGAUAUCCCCCCCUGAAAGCAUAGCCAGUGGCAGCUCAAAUUCUGGGGUCACAUCAUCUCAGACAAGUCUAACAGAUAAUUCAAGCGGCCCAGAUAUCAUCGAACCAAUUCGUCAUAGUGUUGGUGGCAUGGAGGAGCAUUCUCAUCUGUCCCCUUCUGCUGGAAUUCCUUUUCCAAAACUCUCAUCUUCUGAACCACCAAUAUCUCAAAAUAUACAGGAAAUUUCUGGAUUGAAAUUGUUUCCAAAACUUGAAGCAUUGCCAUCUAGCCAAGUAAAGGGUGAGGGCACUAAUGAACCUGUGUUUACAAAUGCUGGAGCCUCUAGUCGGACCAGAGGGAAAAAUCAUUAUGCUGUGUCAAUUUUGAAGCGAAUGGAGAUGAAAUUAGAUGGUCGAGAUAUUGUAGAUGACAGAGAGUUAACUGUGGGCGAUCAAGUGGAUUAUUUGCUCAAGCAGGCAACCAGUAUAGAUAAUCUUUGCAAUAUGUAUGAGGGAUGGACACCUUGGAUCUGAAAGGUCUUUUAGAAUUCUUCACCAUCUGCAGAACUGCUUUGUUCAAGAAGUUUGGGGGCAGGGGGUCUGUUCGGGACUCUUAGAAGUACCUGGAGCGCUCGCCUAUACGCAUGAUAUGAUAAUGACCUCUUUGCCAAAAUCUCCCCCCCCCCCUCCCCGCGGGACUCAUGAGCACUUGCCUAUAUGCUCGGAAUAACUCAAUUUUGAAAGCGGUAAAAAUAAUAUGUUGAGAGAUUCUUUCCCUGCUUCAUGAUCUCGGCUCAAGCAUGCACUGGCUUUGCUUCAUGAUAUCUCCCCGAAGGCAGUUAAAGGGAUUGACACAUUCUGCAUCAACACAUUGAGAAAUGAUUGUCUUCUUGCUGUGAGGACAACGUUGAUGCCUAUAAAGAAAAGAGCAUUUUUAUCACUUGCUUAGGAUGGCAAACAAGUUGGUUGGUUCUUAUAUGCACUACUGCCAAAAGCAUGAAUUAAUUUUCCCUGUAACUGAACGAACUAGCUCCUUUGUGGCACAUACUGUAAGUAAUUGAUGGCGGACAUGCCGAAAAUGAACCCCUACAUAUUGAUGAGUAAAUUUCACUUUCCUCCACAUCUAAUAUAGUGUUGUUUUCGUA